CUGCUCAUGAUAUCGUCGCCGAUCUUAUACGCGUCUUGUAACUAGGCUACGAACAAAGAAGGAAAAUGGCGACAAGAUCAUCGGAGCUUGUUGAAACGUUGAAGAACAAGUUGAGUGCUGAAGAAUGGAGAAAAGUCAGUGGUAUCAUCGAACAGUCUCAGGGUUCACCAUCAAGUCCAGAAGUAGUGAUUGAUAAUGAGAGAAAGAAAGUCAAGAAGAGAGGAAGAAGCUCAAAACCUCCAAGACCAUUUGAUUUUACAAAAUACAAUACAAGGCAUGUAGCUUUGAAGAUUACCUAUCUCGGAUGGGAUUAUCAUGGGUUUGUCGUGCAGGAGGAUUCCGAAAAUACAGUAGAGAAUCACCUGUUUGAAGCCCUGACCAAGACGAAGCUGGUUGAGAGUCGUCAGACAUCUAACUACUCUCGCUGUGGUCGAACAGAUAAAGGUGUCAGUGCCUUUGGCCAGGUCAUUGCCAUUGACCUUCGCACCAACUUACUCCAAGGGUUAGGGGUCAUCCAGAGACCAGAUGGUACUGCCCACGAAAGAACAGGAAACACAACCGAAGAGCUCAAUUACCUUUUGAUGUUGAACCGUGUUCUACCAAAUGAAAUACGAGUCAUUGCAUGGACACCAGUCGAACCAGGCUUCAGUGCAAGAUUUGACACCCUACACAGGACAUACAAGUAUUUCUUUCCUGCUGGAGAUCUUGAUACAAGGCUGAUGAAUGAGGCCUCACAAAAGCUUGUUGGAACCUUUGAUUUCAGGAACUUCUGCAAGAUGGAUGUCGGCAACGGGGUCGUGAUGCAUAUCAGAACAAUCCGAUCUGCUGAGGUCAGAAAGUUAGAUGACAGUUCCAGUGGCUAUCAGAUGUACGAGUUUACUAUCAGUGGUAAAGCCUUCCUGUAUCAUCAAGUUAGAUGCAUCACAGCUAUCCUCUUCUUGAUUGGGGAGCAUAAAGAGAAACCUGAGAUAAUUGAUCAACUACUGGAUGUAGAGAAUGAGCCGUGUAAACCCCAGUAUCCUAUGGCAAUGGACUUUCCUCUUGUUCUUUAUGAUUGUGCCUAUGAGGGAAUCUCAUGGAUAUAUGAUGAAGCAAUCCAUGAUAGGAACAUAACACUAUUCCAAGAAAUGUGGACUAGUCACAUGAUUAGAGCCUCCAUGAUGCGGUCAAUGCUCGAGGGUUUAACCUCUGCUCCGUGUACUAUUCAAGCUAAGGAAUCUAAUUGCUCAGAUGUGGCUAUUCGUCUGUAUGAUAUCAGACAACCUAUUAAGAGGCAGGCAUCCAGUCUUGUUGCAGGCUUACCAUCUAAACAACACAUACCAUUAUUGGAUAGACAGAGAGCAGAGAGUCUGGAGAAUCGCAUAGAACAUUUUGCCAAACGAAGGAAAGUUGAAGAUGUCCCGUCAGCCAUCAGCAUCAUAGUGACAACCCCAUCGUCAUCAUGAUUUCCUCUUUGUUGUAGAUUACAUUCCGAGAAGAUAUACAUUAUAAAUAUUUGUAUAUUCUCACCACACUGGCGAAAUUGUCAGUUCUCAUCUCAUUUGGCAUGCCCAAGUUUUUGUUGGGGGAGGGGUAAAACCUUAAAAUCUCACAACUUAACAGUUUGUGGGCAGCUCUGAGAAAACUGUUGAGUGUUUCAUGAGAGGACUUGUUGGAGGAUGUUUUAUCCGACAGUUACCAUAGUAACAGUGCUUGCCAGCCAAUCAAUAUUGUGGAAAGUUGUCAGAUGUGAUGAAUCGCUCCCCAGUAUUUUAGAAAUAUGAAACUGUUGGCAACCACAUUUCAUCUGAAAAUAUUAUCCGUGCUUGUAGAGGAACCUUCAUGGCAAAAGAAGGUUGUUACUUUAAUGGCCUGAAUUCACAAAGGUGGUUUCGAAAACCAUCGUUUGAACCCAUGGUUUAUGCAAAUUUCCUGUAUAAACUAUGCUUACUGCUUAUAAAAAAGAAUUGUCUAAUGCUGAUGCGCGCUUUUGUCACCAAAUUUAUGCAUUUUGCCAUGGUAAUAAGCAUGCUAUUUUAUCCAUGAGUCCAGUGUUUUGAAGAGUUGACUCAAUAACUCAAAACAGUAGACUUGUGAAUAAAAUGGCGUGGAUAACCAAGGCAACAAACGUCAAUUUGGUGCACUGUGACACAAGCGCACAUCAGUAUUGGUCAUUUUUUAGAUAUGCGCUAAAUAAGGGUAAUAUAUACAGGAAAUCUGCAUAAACCAUGGGUUCAACCAAGGUUUUUAAAACCAUCUUUGUGACUUCGGGCCAAUAUGUCUUCACUGAAAAAUCAAGCCUUUUCUAAGAUGUCCGAACAAGAAAUGAAUUGUGAGAUACUAAUAUUUAACACCCAAUCGAUGAGAUACUUGGAGGGGAAUAAUUUUUCAUUCAGGAUAUUUUAAUUUUGGCAUUCUGAGCUGAGAGAUGUUGAGAGAAAUAUCAUAUUUACAUUGUAAAUCAUUGUAUCUACGUAUUAUUCUCUUGAUAAUUCACCCUUGAAAGAAAUGAUUGUCUCAGAAUUAUUUCUUAUCAACAAAUUGUAUUUGUUAUGUAAGUCAGUGGGAGGUUAUUUUUUAAUAAAAAAUAUUGCUGGUUGGCUUACAACCUUUCUAUGAUGGUGAGCUUAGUACAAUACUGUACAAUUAUGUUGUUACAUAUGUCCUUGUGCAGUUUUUCAACAACACAAUUACUUAUAUUUUGUAACAUGCAAACUUUCUAUGAUGGUGAGCUAGUAAAAUACUAGUACUGUACAAUUAUGUUGUUACAUGCAGUUUCUCAACAACAAAAUUACUGAUAUUUUGUAACAUGCAAUGGGGGGAAUUGUGUCUAUUUUCUUCAAAUUAGUUGUACCCAAUUACAUUUCCCUAUUAAAUGCUUUGAAAAGAUAA